AUGAGCGACCUGAGAGAUCGUUUGGCGCGAUUGGGACUGUCCCAAUACUUUGAAGUACUCGUAGCUGAGGGGUUCGACACAUGGGACACGGUACUGGACAUUACAGAAACAGACUUAAGUCACCUCAACGUCAAGCUUGGACAUCGAAGGAAAAUCCAACGUGCCAUCGCCGAAUGGCGGGGACAGCCCGCUGAUCGAGCAUUACCUCCUGCGCUGGGAAGAACUGCAAGCGCGGCAGAUUCGUAUCGAAGCGAGGACUCUGGACCUGAAAGUAAAGGCAAACACGGAGAUACGUCUACAGCUGUUACUAGUGCGCCAGGUACAAAGCGAAAGUACCGAAGACAUCCCAAACCUGACGAGCACGCACCGGAGCGACCUCCAUCGGCCUAUGUCAUCUUUUCUAACCAAGUCAGAGAGUCUUUGAAGGGACAAGACCUAACUUUCACUGAGAUCGCCAAAGUUGUAGGCGAGAGAUGGCAAAUCCUGCCAGCGGGGGAACGCGAAGCCUGCGAACGACAAGCUAAUAGUGCGAAAGAAAAGUACUACGCGGAAUUGGCAGAGUACAAAAAGACGCCGCAAUUCGAAGCAUACCAAAAAUACUUGGAAGACUUCAGGGCAAAGCAUGCUGCAGCUACGAAAGAAGGCAAACGUUCGAAAUUAGAGACCGAGACGAGUACGUCCACUCGAAGUGGCAGCCACGACCAGCACGAACGAGCAAUGAACAGAAGAAUGAGCUCCGCUCAGUCGGAUUCUUUUGCAACAGGACAGCAACGAUUAGAUCAAAGUCCUCCAAUAGGCCCCGCGCGUCUUCCCACGGGCCCAUCGUAUUCUUCAAAACCUACAUCACCAAUUACACAAUCCCUCCCUGGGUUGCAGUCUCCUAGGCCCGGCGGUUAUUACUCUGUAUCUGCAUCUCCGCGAUCGGCGGCAUUGCAAAAAGAAAAUCACCUCGACAUGAAUACCAUAGAUCCAGCGCGAGACUUGAGAGGACCGAUGGACACUAGCUUACCAUAUCAUCCUUCCGCACACUAUGAAUCCCAUCGCCAAACUACAUCUACAACACCUCCGUCGUAUCCUUACCAGACACAAUACCAGACUCAUAUAGAUGUUUCUUCUCGAAGGACAUUGAGAGACUCUGCACGACUCCCUGGCCUCUCUCAUGAAGAUACGACCUUGUCCUCUGAAAGCAGUCAUAGCGGGUACAGCUAUCCCUUAGCGGCCAUGCCUGAACAAGUCCUUCCUGUAGAUCCAGGCAGAACAUCGCGUAUGCUCCCCCAUCCCACGCCUAGCAUCGGGCCAAUCAAGCCAUCGCCGUCACCUUUGGACCGUCCACCACCCGCGCGUGCCCAGGCACAAGAACCACUCCAGGACUACCGAACUCAAGGGCCCCUCGCAGCCUUAGUAAUAGCUGGAGAACUAGCCUCAAGAGCAGCGGACAGUCAAGUAGGAGAAGAAAAGGGGUUUCCAUGA